UCUAAAUACUAGCAAGUGGCUGAUUUUGCGAUGGAAUCAAACGAAGAGAUAAAAGCUCGUAUAGAAAUUACAAUAUGUAGUGGUCAACUGCGUUGAAUCUUUUACUUCACGACUAAUGUUUGAGAAAGUUAUUUGCACAAUUCAAUCUUUCCAAAAAGACAAAUGUAAAGACUCUUUAAAAUGUGACAAUAUCAAUGACUUUGUGCAUGUUGUCAAGAAACUAAUGACGUUUGAAAAGUUUGGCAACAAGACAUUCUUCAUUGUAAUGGAUAGAUGUGAGAGGCUUCAUGACAUAGAUGAGAACCUUUUGCCAGCAUUUAUGCGACUCAAGGAAUUGACAAGAUGCAAAAUAUCAGUUGUAUUCAUCAGCGAGAUUAUUUUUGACAAGUUUCGUCAAGGAACUGGCUUACGAGAACCUUACAAGGUUCAUUUUCCCGACUAUUCCAAGAAAGAACUUCUAGAAAUUAUGACAUUGGAUGCUCCAGAUGAUCAUCCCAAAGAAUUUUAUCAUAACUAUUGCAAAUUACUGUUGAGUGUGUUUUAUAAUGUCUGCCGAGAUCUGAAGGAACUACGGCAUUUGGCUCAACUAAAUUUCCCAAAAUAUUGUGAACCAAUUGUCCAUGGAGAAGCCAACCACUCAGAUGUAAGAAAGCUUUGGAGGAAUAUAGAACCAUGCUUCAGAAAAGCCAUGAGUACUGUUUUUCUGCAUGAAGUAUCUAGUGUACAAUGGGAACAAAUCCAAGAUGGCAGUUACGGUGUCAAAGGUCUUUCUAGUUGUUCAUCUGUUGAGCUGCCAUAUUAUUCUAAGUAUCUACUUAUUGCUUCUUAUCUUGCAUCAUACAAUCCUGCUAAAACAGAUAGACAGUUUUUCUGUAAGACUGGAAGAAAACUUACAAAGCAAGCUAAAGUGGCGGCAAAAACAUUUGUAAAAAAGAGUUGUCAUUUAAAAGGUCCUCAUCCAUUCAUCUUGGAUCGUCUAAUGGCAAUAUUCUAUAGUAUAGUGGAUGAGAAAGUUCCAAUCUCUGCAGUUAUAUUAACACAGCUUUCCUCUCUUGUAACUCUGUGUUUUCUUACCAAAAUUUCAUCAAAUGAUGUCCUUGAUUCACCUAAAUUCAAAUGCAUGGUCUCCUUAGAGUUCAUAAAAACCAUUGCUAGGCAACUUGAGUUUGAUCUUGGCCAUUAUUUGUAUGAUUUUAUUCAUCAAUGAGGAUAAAAUUGACAAUUUA